CUCAGAGUAUGUAGAUGACUAGAUAACUGUUUGUAUGAUUUUUCUAUUAUCAGCCAUAAAUAUAUGUAUGUAUAUGUGUGGUUGAUAGUAAUCUACAACCAUAUAUGGUUGUAGAUUUCGAGAAACCACACAGUCUGUGCGUACUCAUUUUUUUGGCAACAAAAAUAAAGACGGCUUAAUAACCACUUGAGCAGGGAUUUCGCCAGGCGCAGAUAUUUAGCUAAAAUUAGUAUUUAACUCGUCUAUGAAGCCACAUACUUAGUUCAUAAAAGCUGAUGAUUAAUACUAAAUAAUUUAAAAAUUAAAGAAAACUAUCUUCCAAUUACUUUUAUCUACAUAGUACCAAAAUAAUGAGUUCAGAUAUGAAGUCGCCUGGCUUUACUAACUGUGGUUCUAAGUAGAGAACAUAAAUAAACGACCAAAAAUUACUGGACAGUUCCAACUUAACAAGAUCUAUUGUCUUUUCUUACUGGCUGUUAAGAAAUAGCCUAUAUACUUGAUAUUAAUAAUUCGUAAUUUAUUUAGGACAAUAUACCAAAGUGAUUAGAAGAUUUUUCUCAUUUUCAAACAUUGGUAAUACAUUUAGUUGUGUUGCUUAGAUUCACCUGUUCGUAUGAAGAAUCAUGAACGUGGUUGUGUAUUUGAAUAUAAAACUCCAGCAACAGUUAUAAAAAUAAAUAACUAAAUUAACUAAUUCAUAGCGUAGAACUAUGAUUCAAAUGGAUGAUUUCAACGGAAUUUUAUUUCCUAAACUGGAUGGUUUGACUGAAAAGCUCUUAUCGUCUUUCUGAACAGCAUUCAGAUUUUACUCAUGAUUGGCAAGUACGCAGAAAACUAGAUUAUCAAUAAAUAGACUCAAAACCAAAUAUGGACAGCAUUUUCAUUUGAAAGCAAAAUAUCUUCGGAUCACACUACACACUAUUUAGUUUAAAGGUUAGCUUGAGCACUAUUAUUUCCAUAUUACUAGUUUAUGUCUGUGAAACCAUUAGAAAUACUUGCAGUUUUUGUCAUGAUAAUCUUGGAAAGCACCUUUUCAGUUAAAACAAAACGAAGUAAACACAAUACCGUUUACUAAAUAAUCGCUAACUCCGGAAAUGAAAACAAAAAUCGAACAUUUAUAUACAUAUUGAAAGGUGUGAAAGCAGACUAGACAUUAUGCUAAAAAGGUAAAUAUUGGAAAUUUCUUGUUGUGAAAGCAGAAUAAAGAAGAUACUUCCUUUCACGAGUCUUUUUUUAUGAUUUUAGUAUUUUCGAACUAUAUACUACAUCUUGUCUGCUUUGUCGACCCUUUCUCAUAUAUCAAAAGUUUGGUUACCUUUCAUCUGAUUGAGUCCUUUAGUCACUUGUUAAAUAAAACAAACCACCAUCUACCUUUUUGCACAAUGUUGGACAACAUAGAAGUAGGCUAGUGAAAAGCUUCAGUCACUCAAACAAAAUAUUGGCCCUUAUCAUUGAUUACUGUAAUGAGUAACAUCGGUAACAUUAGACUCCGGAGUUCUUCUUUUCUUGAUAAGCGUAAUUCAUAUAUCCCGAUGUUGAAUAUUAUGGCCUAAAUUCCGUAUCAGUAACCCAAUGAAUUCCACUGAAGCAAAUACAUUUAUGUUGUUUAUUAAUAUAUGUAGUAUACAAUGGGUUUACCGACGUAAUUUAGUCAGCAUGUUAAAUCGUUAGAAAGCCUUUUUUUGUUCGAAUUAAGUAAUGAUCAGUAACUUUUUCAUUUUUUAUCACUUAAUUCAUAUUUGUACCAACCUGGUCAGCAUGUUUACAGUAAAUAUUAUUCUUACGUCUCCGGAAGCGUUUAGAAACCCAUUAAUUCACUGUACAUAUUUGAGAUAUUGAUGUCGUUACAAUUCGUGUGUUUUAUUGCCUUUUAUGUUAUAAUCUGUGCCUUACUCAUUCGAUAGAUUGCAAAUUUUAGUACAAUAUACAAGUUGAGCAUUCUCCCACUGACUAUAAAUCAAUAGAAAAAACAGACAAAAAUGGCACCAAAAAGAAAAAAGAAAACCGGGAAACUAACAAAAAUGACUGAUGAAGAAAGAGCGAUUUUCCUUGAACAACAAAGAGUUGCUGAAGAAGAACUAAAAACAAAAAAGAUGGCACUGUUAACUCAAUAUCUACAAGAUAAACUUAAUCAUGAAGAAAAGUUUACUAAACUUAAUAAAGCAAAACUGACACAUUAUUGGCGAACUAUUAUGAGAGAGACGAAGUCAAAAGAAUUGAAAAGAACUAUAGAAAUAUUAUCACAAACAUUUGAAAGAAUUAUGGACCGGUAAAGCGUCAAUGUCUUAAUUUUUUUAUCAAUUUGUUUGUUCAAUAUUUUUCAAAGAAAAGAAAGUAUCAUCAAAACACUUGUUGCGGAUCUUAGUGAGGCAGAUGAACAGCAUUUGAUGGCUCUGCGUUCUCAUCUACAGAAUGUAGAUAUUUUAAUAGAUUUACAAAAUCAAAGAUUACAUAAACUAAAAACUAAUUAUGAAAAGGAAUCGCACUCUUUGGUAGAAGAAUUCUUAAAAGGUAGAUCGUAUAUAUAUAUAUUCUGUAUUUAAAACUGUUCAAAUAACAUACUUUUCCGCAAAUCAGAAGAAAACUUUACUAAGCAACAACACGAUAAACAAGUCAAUGACUUAAAAGAUAUAUUUGUUGCACUGGAUUCUACAUAUACUGCCAAAGCACAUGAAGCUGUAAUUGAUCAGACUAGUUUGAAGGAUGAUCUGAAGAAUAAAAGUUUGGAGGAAAAACAUACAUUGAGAAUAAAUUUGGAGAAUAAGGUCAAUAGUUUGUGGUCUGAAUUCAAACAGGCUUCCACUCAAUACACAACAACUACCAAUGAAAAAAAGACAUCUUUCGAAAACUUAAAAGCAAAAGAUGAACGUUCAGCUGCUGAAAUUCAAUUACACUUAAACAAAAUCCAAAAAAUCAAUGAUAAUAUAUCGGCUACUAGACGUCGUAUGUUAAAAACAUCUAAGGAAUAUGAAGAAAAAAAUCGCAACUUAAAAGAAGAACGUGAUAAGUUAGUUGUUCGAUUUCAAGUCUUGAAGACACAAAUCAAUAAAUUACGUGAUCUACAACAUGAAAAACUGGUUAAAAUGUCAGUUGAAAGUGGGGAUGCUAUAAAAAAGGUAACUGUGAAAAAUACUAAUUGUUAGUAUUUCUUAUGAAACUACGUAGUCAUGAAUAGUAGAUUUUUUAAAAUUCUCAUUUAUCAGUGCUAACUAAAAUUCAAGACAGUUCAAAGUAAAUGACUGCCUAGCUUAUUCUAAUAAGAGGAUGGAUUCAAUCACAGUUAGCAUCUCAAAGAGGGAAUAAGCUACUAUGAAAUUUAAAAAUGAAAGCUUAGUGAAGUCAAUGUAGUUACAUAUUCAGUUUUUAUUUGCUCUUAAACGUUUGUACUGUAAAUGAAUUCAUGUAAUUUCUAAAAAAAUUUAAAUACAGGUUCAAUGUUUAUUGGAAAAAGCAGAGAAAAUUAUUAAGUUAGGUGAACAGUGCAGAAAGUAUGAAACAGAAGAGGAAAAAGUUACACCAUUCUAUUCAUCAUCUUUAUCAGCGGAAGAAGAAAGUGCUGUGCAAGAAUCGUUCGAAAAAGAACAGAAUGAAGAGAUGAUGAAGGUGAUAUGUUUUUAAUAUUUCCUUUGUUUUAUCAAUUUUCUUACUUUUCGGUUUGAAUAUAUAUAUAUAUCAGUUAGAGCAGUUUAUUUUCUGAAUGAUAUUCAGCUGGUCUUUUAUCGUUUCAUCUUUUGGGUUGCAUAAAAUUGGAGUGCUCCUACUGGCUUGUGACCAACGCCUGUUCCCAAUGCAAUUGUGACUUCCUUUAUUUUCUGCAUAUGUGGCAGGAUAAUUCGUUUUUUAGUUUCAAUAUUCGAUUUUGUAAUUAUUGAUGGAGUUGAUAAACAUAGUGGCUGUCCUGUUGAAAAGAUCGUUUUAUUUUGUUCCUCAUUUUUUGCGUGGUAGUUAUACUGCUAUGUCUUCGCUCUUCCGAAUAGCAAGUUUGUAUGCAGUUGUUUUUGAUCAACUUAGAAUUAGUGCAGCAUAGGUUGGUUUAUGAUACACAAGAGUCUCUGGUUUCCUUGUAUUGAUUCUGGUGAUCAACACAUCUAAGAAGACUAGUCAGUUGUUUGCUUUCUUUUUAAAGAUGAAUUUUAUAUCAUCAAGUAUGUUAUCGAUCAAAUUAUAGGCGUUUUCGAGCUUAGCUAUUAAACCAACCAGGUCGAGAAAACGUAGCUUCAACAAAAAUCAUCAUCGUGAGUUAGAAAAUCUUCACCUUCAUCUCACAUGUUUUCUUUUCAAAAAGCUCACAUAUGUCAACGGAGAACAACCAGUUUAGAUGAGCAAUUAUUUCUGUGUGAAAGUUUUUAAUUAUUUUUAGCUAAUAAAUUAAUUUAUAAUAAUAUUCUGUUUUAAUUUUUGAAAAUUUCAGAUAUUAAAACGAUGCCUUCCACUUGAAAUGUUUUGGAAAAGAUUUAAUAAAGUUCAAUUAGAUCGUUUAGCAAUAAUUAAAGAAUACAAUAUGUUAGAGCAAGAAAACAUUCAAUUAAAAUUAUUAUUGAAACAAUAUUUAGACGGUAUAUCAGUUAAUAGUGAAGUUAUAUCUGGUGAUAAUUCAUUAAUUGUUAUAAAUGGACGAUCAAAUUUAAAACACAUGAGCAUAAUAGAUGAUCCACGAAUUCUAUUGAUAUCUACUGAUGAUGAUAGUGUACAGCCGAAAGAAAUGAUAAACUAUGCUACUACUCCCGCCGCAGUUGACUAUCGAAUAAGACAGACAACUUAGACAAAAGGAUUCUACAACAAGAAUAAUAUAAAAUCCAAGGCAAGACAUAACAAUGAUGAGGAUUUUAUGUGAUUUACUAUAUGCCUACAAAGUAAUUCAAUGCUGAAUCAAAUUAAAGAGGUGGCUGAUAUAUAAAUACAUUCUUCAUAAUAAA